AUGCAGGUUGCCCGAUGGGAUACCACGGAUUGCGACGGCGGCAUGCGAUGGCAGAUCCCACUCUAUCUGCCGGGUUACACAAUGAAGAACGCCAUAUCUAAUGGCGGUCUUUUUGAACUGUCGGCCCGGCUCGCACGCUUCACUAUGAAUAACACCUAUGCGCAAUGGGCUGAGAAGAUCUGGGACUGGUCGGCCAGCACGCCGCUCUUACAGACUAAUCACUGGUACAUUGCUGACUCAACCUCCAUUGAAGCCAAGUGCAAGGAUGCCGGAAAUACUCAAUGGUCAUAUAAUUAUGGCACCUAUUUGUCAGAAGCCUCAUUCAUGUAUAACUAUACCAACGGGAAUGAACAGUGGCUGGAGAGAGUCAACGGGCUGUUGAACUCCCUUCUUGGGACCUUCUGCCCCGAUGACAAGGGUGGUAACAUCCUGUCUGAGGUUGCCUGUGAGCCCAUUAUGACCUGUGAUUGCAAUCAGAUAGGCUUUAAAGGAUACACGGCCAUGUGGCUGGCGCAUACUGCUAUUCUCGUUCCCUCAACCGCAACCCGGAUCUACCCAGUCCUGCAGGGGUCUGCCCUCGCCAUCUCUAAGCAAUGCUCUAAGCAGCCUGAUAAUACCUGCGGCAUUCGUUGGUGGCAGUCCACAUGGGAUGGCUUCACUCCCGGACUGGAGUCGCAAAUGGCGGCCCUGGGCGGUAUCACAGCCAAUCUGAUGUACUUCAAAUCAACCGCACCGAAGACCAUUGACACAAACCCGGACGGCAAGGAGCAUCAGAUUAUUGCGACCCAUGAGGAGGAGACGAUCUUGGAUACGCUCCUCCCCAUUGACGCAGGCGAUCGUGCGGGGGCGUGA